AUGAUAUAAUAGAUUAAAUAUUAUAAAGAAUUAGAAGAACUUCUAAACUCUUCACUUUUACCUCAUUAGGUUCUCGAUAUUGAUCUUAGGAACAAUUAAAUUGGUAAUGGAGGUGCAUCAGGCUUAGGCUCUUCUUUAGCAAAUUGCAUUAAUCUCUCAAAUUUGACACUUGACCUUUGUGGAAAUUAUAUUGGUGCAAUGGGUGCAUCAGGCUUAGGUUCUAGUUUAGCAAAUUGCAUUAAUCUCUCAAAUUUGACACUUCUUCUUUUUGGCAAUUAAAUUGGUGAUUAAGGUGCAUCAGGCUUAGCUUCUGGUUUAGCAAAAUGCAUUAAUCUCUCAAAUUUGACACUUGAUCUUCUUGGCAAUUAAAUUGGUGAUGAAGGUGCAUCAGGCAUAGGUUCUGGUUUAGCAAAAUGCAUUAAUCUCUCAAAUUUGACACUUGAUCUUCGUGACAAUAAAAUUGGUGAUGAAGGUGCAUCAGGCUUAGGUUCUGGUUUAGCAAAAUGCAUUAAUCUCUCAAAUUUGACACUUGAUCUUCGUGGCAAUUAAAUUGGUGAUGAAGGUGCAUCAGGCAUAGGUUCUGGUUUAGCAAAAUGCAUUAAUCUCUCAAAUUUGACACUUGAUCUUCGUAACAAUUAAAUUGGUGAUUAAUGUGCAUCAGGCUUAGGUUCUGGUUUAGCAAAUUGCAUUAAUCUCUCAAAUUUGACACUUGAUCUUUCUAGCAAUUAAAUUGGUGAUGAAGGUGCAUCAGGCUUAGCUUCUGGUUUAGCAAAAUGCAUUAAUCUCUCAAAUUUGACACUUGGAAUUGAUGACAAUAAAAUUGGUGAUGAAAGUGCAUUAGGCUUAGGUUCUGGUUUAGCAAAUUGCAUUAAUCUCUCAAAUUUGACACUUCUUCUUUUUAGCAAUUAAAUUGGUGAUGAAGGUGCAUCAGGCUUAGCUUCUGGUUUAGCAAAAUGCAUUAAUCUCUCAAAUUUGACACUUGAUCUUCGUGGCAAUAUAAUUGGUGCAAUGGGUGCAUCAGGCUUAGGUUCUGGUUUAGCAAAUUGCAUUAAUCUCUUAAAUUUGAGACUUGGAAUUAAUUAUGAUUCAAUUGGUGAUGAAGGUGCAUCAUGCUUAGGUUCUUGUCUAGCAAAUUGCAUAAAUCUCUCUAAUUUGACACUUAGCCUUUGUUACAAUUAAAUUGGUGAUUAAGGUGCAUCAGGCUUAGGUUCUUGUUUAACAAAUUGCAUUAAUCUGUCAAAUUUGACACUUUAACUUAAUGGCAAUUAAAUUGGUGCAAUGGGUGCAUAAGGCUUAGGCUCUUUUUUAGCAAAAUGCAUUAAUCUCUCAAAUUUGACACUUGAUCUUCGUGGAAAUUAUAUUGGUGCAAUUGGUGCAUCAGGCUUAGGUUCUGGUUUAGCAAAAUGCAUUCUUCUCUCUAAUUUGAUACUUGAUCUUUGUUACAGUUAAAUUUGUGAUGAAGGUUCAUCAGCUUUAGGUUCUGGUUUAGCAAAUUGCAUUAAUCUAUCAAAUUUGACACUUUAACUUAAUUACAAUUAAAUUGGUGUUGAAGGUGCAUCAAGCUUAGGCUCUGGUUUAGCAAAUUGCAUUAAUCUCUCUAAUUUGACACUUUAACUUUAUGGUAAUUAAAUUGGUGAUGAAGGUACAUCAGGCUUAGGCUCUGGUUUAGCAAAUUGCAUUAAUCUCUCUAAUUUGACAUUUGAUCUUCGUGGCAAUUAAAUUGAUGAUGAAGGUGCAUCAGGCUUAGGCUCUGGUUUAGUAAAAUGCAUUAAUCUCUCUAAUCUAACAUUUGAUCUUCGUGACAAUUAAAUUGGUGCAAUGGGUGCAUCAGGCUUAGGCUUUGGUUUAGCAAAAUGCAUUAAUCUCUCAAAUUUGACACUUGAUAUUCACCGCAAUUAAAUUGGUGAUGAAGGUGCAUCAGGCUUAGGCUCUGGUUUAGCAAAUUGCAUUAAUCUCUCAAAUUUGACACUUUAACUUUAUGGCAAUAAAAUUGGUGCAAUGGGUGCGUCAGGCUUAGGCUCUGGUUUAUCAAAUUGUAUUAAUCUUUCUAAUUUGACACUUGAUCUUUGUAAUAAUGAAAUUGGUGAUGAAGGUGCAUCAGGCUUAGGUUCUGGUUUAGCAAAAUGCAUUAAUCUCUCAAAUUUGGCACUUUAUCUUCGUGGCAAUUAAAUUGAUGCAAUGGGUGCAUCAGGUUUAGGUUCUGGUUUAGCAAAAUGCAUUCAUCUCUCUAAUUUGACACUUUAACUUAAUGACAAUAAAAUUGGUGAUGAAGGUGCAUCAGGCUUAGGUUCUGGUUUAGCAAAUUGCAUUAAUCUCUCAAAUUUGACACUUUUUCUUUCCUUAACGAAUUAAUCAUAAGUAAUCAAAGUAAUAAGCAAGUGUCUUAAAUCAAAAAGAUUAGUUGCCUUUAAAAAAUAAUUCUAGUGA